GAUCGUUUUUAGUCCUAACGAGGCAAGCAAUCGUUGUUGAUUAACGUCAACCUAGGAAGCUCCACUCUGUCCUCCUUUGAUAUGGAGCACGUGCUUGACAUGAAUCAGAGCAUGCAGUUUAGAUGUUAGGGGUAGCAUAAGAUUGAGGCCUAAGAGGAAGAAGUUAAUGACAGAUCAACUAGUUCUUUACAAUGGGAUGGAGGUCAUUCUCUUUCAAUAUCCUCUCUUCAUCUUUUCUAAGGGUUGCAAAGUCGCAUUGGCUACCCCUCUCUCAAAAGUCAAAAGUAUUUUAUGAUUCAGGUCCAAGUGUACUACGAAGUUGUUGUAAUAAUGGCUCCCUGCUGAAUUCUCAAGCGUUGAGAUCAUAUGCUCGUGGUGGACGCAAAGUCUAUGAUCUCUUUGGCAGUGGAAGACCAGGGGAUGAAGAGUUCAAGAAAACCUGGGCAAAGGAGAUGAAUGAAGAUAACACUCUAUGGACAGGAAGUGAGGAUGAAAGUGAUGAAGAAAAGGGUUCAAAGAGUCAUCUUGAUAAAGAGAUUAGGAAAGCAAGACGGCAAGCUAAAGAACAUUCAGACCUGAUUGAUGCCGAUGAUAGUGAUGAGUUAAGAAGUGUUUGGUCUGGCAGUGAUGAGGAGAAGACACUGUGGACUGGUGAUGAAAUGGAUAGUGAUGAUGAUAUUCCGACGGAAGCUUACCCAAAUGAAAGUAGUGAUAAGUACCUAGAUAAAUUGUUUGAGUUUGAUGAAAUGCCUAAAUACAGAACUAUCUCUGAGCUGUUGAAAGCUGAACAAGAACCUGAGGAGUUGUCACCGGGAAAGCAAGCUAGGAAGAUUGCUGUUGAGAAUGCUUUGAAGAAAUUGAAGAAAGGUCCUGAUGGGAGGUAUACCAAUACAUGGGAGGUUAUGAGUGAUUUAGAUAUUCUUAUUGGAGCAUUUGAAAAUGUUGUUUCAGGACCAGAGUAUGCAGAACUUAGACAAGGAGGUCCUAAAAAACUAAAUAUUCAGUUUUUCAAGGACAUACAAGCACGUAUGAGAGAUCCAAAUUACAAAUUUUCACCUGAGUUAAAACUGAAACCAAAGAGUAAACUGGUUCCCAGGAAGAAGUGGCAAAAGGCGCAGUCUAGAAGGAGGAAAGCACAAAAGAGAUAAAGCUGUAGUUUGUUUUCUCAACAUUGAAACACAAGUUGAGCUUAUAAUGUUUUCUCAGCAUUAUGUGUAGUUUUCAUGUUUGAAAAGUUAUACAUCCUCUUUGUAUUGAA